AUGUUUGCGGUAAAAAUUAUUCCUGUGCUUAUCAUAAUUAUGCUUACUUCCAAGUCAAUUCUAAGUGAUGUAAUGCCACCAAAAGUUAAUUGCAUAAAUGAUUGUUGGAAAAUUGGAGAUAAUUGUAAACAGAAAUGUUAUCGAAAUUUUCAAGAAUUCAAAUGUAAAUCAAAUUGUCAAAAUGAUAUACGAAAAUGUCAACGUAGUUGUUAAUUGUUUCUUGUUUAAUAAUCAUAAUAAUAAUAAUAAUAAUAAUAAUAAUAAUAAUGAAUAACUUCAAUAUUCAAGUUUUUUAUAUAAUGUGCUAAUCUUAACUUAAUUAGUUGCUAUGGUUUUUUUUAUUUCACCUGUUGAAUUACACGUUUAUUUUACUAUUAAAUUGAUGUUAAUUCAUUAUUCAAAAAUAUUUAUAACUUUUUAAUUUUAAAUAUUUAAGAAUAUAAAAGAAAAGUUCAAUGUUGUUAUUGAAUAUUUACUUUAUAUAAUUUUCUUUAACAAAAUUCAUAUUUUGAAAUUUUAACUAUUACCAAUAACACAGGUAAUGGUAAUUGAAAAAUGAAAAAAAAUUACAAUACCAUUGAAAAUUGAUAUCAAUGUUCUUUUGAACCAUAUAUAAUAGUUAUUUUGUUGUCAUUUUAAAAAUAAAUGAUGUAAAGUAAUUGCAUUAUCA